AUGGCACCCAUGGUUGUUCUUAUUACAGGAUGCUCCUCAGGAAUGGGGUUAGCUGAGGCAGUGUAUCUUGCUACUACGUCAAAGCAUGACUUCAAGGUUUAUGCAACGGUGAUUGAUCUUGAUCAGAGAGAGCACCUGGAAAGGGCUGCCGGAGACUCUCUCAAUAAAAAGUUGUUCAUCCGUAAACUUGAUGUCACCAAAGAAGACACCAUCACAUCCGUGGUUGAUGAGAUAGUACGAGAAAACAAGAAGCUUGACGUUGUCGUUAACAAUGCUGGGAUUUUAGAUCAAAUAGGCUUCUUCUUUAACAAGACACGAAGCUCUGUUGAUGACGCUCGUGCCAUGAUGGAAGUUAACGUGUUGGGACCAGCAAGAGUUAUUCAUGCUGUUUUGCCUACGAUGAAGAAACAGAAGUUCGGCCGAAUAAUCAACACAACGAGCGGAACAGGCAUAGAGGCGACACCUUUCUUGGAGUUUUAUUCGGCAUCUAAAUUUGCACUUGAGGGACUUUCUGAGAGCUUAGCGCCCGUUCUUCGCAAAGGUUACAAUAUCAGAGUCAGUAUUUUGGAGCCUUCCGCAGUCCUAACACCUCUUCUGGAGAAAGCAAUGAACCCAGAUUUUAAACCAGAUUACGUGUGCGGAACCUGGGAAGAGGAGGCCCAAGAACUAUACAAAAACUACUGGGAGAAGGACCUGAAAUCCGCCCUCGGUGUCUACAUACAACCAGAGGAAGUUGCACAAAUCUUGGAAGAAAUCAUCCUCUGUGAUGAUCCGCAUCUACGAUAUCAAACCAACGCGACUUUGAAGAAGACGGUUGCAGCCAAAAUGGUGGACCCCACAGGUGAUUCUGUCUUCAAAGUUUUUCAAGCAUUUCAAUAAACAAAAAAUCCAGUUGGCGGGCUUUUGAGCGCAGCAGAGCUUUAUCAGAACUUAAGCUAUUUUUGAUGUUGUAGUAGAACGAGAACAGUCUGACCUGACUAUGAAAUGACUUAUGAUUGAAAUUAGGAAUAAAAAUUACCAUCAAAUUUGAUAGUUUCUCUAUUUCAGAAAUUCAAAUACCAGUUUAGUAAGGGAAGACUACCUUAUAUUUAUAGUCCUACUGAUUCAAUACGGCAAUUCCACUAACUUCAUCAACGUCCUUGAGGGAGGUCGUGUUCUUAGUAAUAGUAGUAAAUUAGGUGUGGAUACUACAGCACAUAGAAACUCUGUUCCCCUAACUUGAUUGUACAAAAUGCUACCAAUGCUUGUCGCCGAAUGCCAGCAAAAAACUGCAUCAAGAUGCACGAGAACGUGCAUCUUGAUUCCUUAUGAAAGCCCGACUUCAAGGUGAGUAAGGUUUUAUUUUUUUACGUAAAGAAUUAAUAAAAUCCACGGUACAAGAACAAGGGUGAGCAGGUCUAAUAAUUUUUCGGUACGCGGUAGGUUUAUGCGGAUAUCACAAGCUGUGAAUUUGAACUUAAGGACUUUCUCCGAAAAAAGAAGAGGGAAAAGUGGCUCGUUCGUCAACUAGAUUAACCCCGACAAAAGUCAGAUAAAAACUUGAUAAACAGUGAAGUUUCAUGAAAGCAUGACAUACACAUCAAUACUUAACUACGGUUUAACGCGUUUUAAAUUAGGUAGCGUAGUCUUUGUAACGUAUUAUAGUUUGAAAGAUGUCAUCCUUUACAUAAACAUUUGGCCACUACCACUUACUAUUCCAGGUCAAUUACGAUGGAAAUUGUGAAAGUUGGAUUGUUUAUAGCUUAACAACAAAACUUGUUUGGAAUCCUGUCAAAUGAAUCCCGACUGAUGGAAUGAUUAUUACCGAUUAUACACCUAGUUCAACCACUUAAUUUUCAGACUUAAAAUUUGUGUUUCCAUAUUGAAGGAAUUUUAAAUUCACUAUUUUCAUUCACAUUUCCACAUUGAAGGAACUUUAAAUUCGUUAUUCUCAUUUGCAUUCUGAUCGUAGUUUUAAAUGUGCAUAGUAACUUACAAUUUUUGCCCAUCGGUAAACAGAACCACCCUCCCUUUUUGUAUGUCUGACUUCAACACUCAACAUAGAUGGUCGGCGUUUUGAAGGUUACAUCAGAACUAUUAAUACACGCUAGUCAGACUCCAUAAAAGAGGGCAAUCUACGAUGUACCCAGCAAGAUAAGAGACAGACAGGUAUCCCCCACACGUCCAAUCCUUACACACUCUAGACUAUUGUUACCUGACACACAACCCAAGACGUCCGAAAGUAAUUCCUGAGAUUCCGAUCAAACAGUGACCAACACAAAGGUGAGGGGUUGCUCUCUGUCCCAUAUCUUGUUUCAUAUUCUCUAUGAGGCAAUAUUCAACAAAAAUCUACACGACCCCUUCGAAAACAUUAUGAAUUGCUACUUGUUUUUCUAGUACAAUCCUUCCUGAUUUUAAAUUUAAAAAUCACAAAGGCACUCUAAAAGUACAGCAUUCUGGCCGAUAGAAAGCUGUUUAGGAUUGAGGUUUGGGGAUUUGUCAAACGGAAAGAUGAUUUAGCACAAGUGAGAUGAUACCAUAAUUCCAUUAAGAAAAUGGUAAAACAACAUUAAUAUGGAGUCGUAUAAUGGUGAGAGUGCAAACAGUAAUCUGAUUCUAUAGAGGGUUACAUCUUCAUCGCUUUAGAGUGCUCAAUAAAUUAUUUACGGCUGACUGCAUUGCCAGCAAAAGUAGACACUUGUGCGAGCGCACGAUAACCUGUGUACAAAGUACACCAGUGUAGAUACACAUUUUUGCAUGAACAAACCUGAAGAUAUUAAUUCACCGUAUGGCAAGAACUUUACACUCUCAACCCAAAUGAGAAAUUUCUAAUCGGCAUUUUAUCUGGUUUUAAUGAAAAUAGUUAACGACAACAUGAUUUGAGCAAUUGAGUUUGUCCCAUUUGGUCUAAAGUAAACACUUAUCUGUAUUAUCAUUAUAUUUUAGCAAAUGGGCAUUUAAAUUUCUUAACAAGAUGAUUUAAAUCAGGAAACUGUUUCCCAAGGUGAAAAUCAAUCAUACCGUUGAUUGUUCCCUACGCCCAACUUUUUUUUCUUCAGUUAAAUUUAACUACAAGCCAAAAACAGAUAAGUGAGACUGUUAUGUCCACCUUGUUUAUAACCACUAAAGUUUAUGAUUUGAAAUGCUGAGUAACUACACAAAUACCAUUAAUUAAUGUCAAUAAUUGUCAUUUUCCCUCUGUAAGAAUUAUUAGACACCAAUUAUCUUUUAAAAGGUUAUUCCGUCAGCAUUCACUAUACAAUCUUAAUUAUCUGUAUGCUAAUUCAAACAGAGUAUGAGCACAUAUAAACGAAACAAAAGGAUCAUUAAUAAAAGAUCUGCUGCAAACGGCUUACUGACUGGAAUGUAUAAACAUUAGAAGUUAAACCGUUAUUGUACAUGUAUUUUCUUCAGGGUAUGUGUGACCAAUGUUGAAGCGUCGAAAAUAGUGCAAUGUUUUCUCCUCCAUGGGUUGGACACCCGAAACCCUCAGAGAGUAGUUACGUGGUCAGAUUUGUAUUUUCCUUGUCAAUGCAAAUUUGACCUUCCUGGCCGCUCCACUGUAGGUAGAAAGUUACAUGGCAAAGAACCGUUCUGCUAUUGGCAUUAGUUCCUACAGUAGAUAGAAACUCAUCGGUUUCCGAAAUGUUCAACUCGAUGGCCUUAACACCCAGCAAGGAAAUAAUUAUCUUCGUUAUAAUGUUUAUUCACUUUUAACAUUGCGUUCAGGCCUCAAAUUUCAAACACUAAACAACCUCACUUAAAGUUUAUUGAUGACUGUUAUCAUCACAGACUUUGCCUCAAGUGUCCGUGUCUGGUUAAUCGGCAUGUAUCACACAGACCUUUUUUUCUCUCAAGCCUGCCUGUGACAGCAAAGGCCAAAUACGUUUUUUGCUGAAGGUUCAUGGAGGUCCAAGCUGAGAAAACCAUGCACAAGAGGACUGACUGUUGAAGCAGUAACCUUCAGAAGUAACAAUGCGUUCGGAACGUUGCCCCUUUUAAACUCCAUGCAGAAGAAGUAUCUCAAGAUCGCAAAUAUGACUUGUUCUACGUCAUUCGUACAGAUCAUUAGCGCAGUGAUAGUCAAUUUGAUCAUUAUGCGCUGAAAGGACAAACGUCGACCCUGUCCAUGACGCUUGCACAAUCGUCUCAUUCUGCUCACAUAACAGAAGCCAUCUAUCACCCAAACUGCCAGAUAGAAAACAGCAAAAAGAGCAGAAGCUGCUUGUCUUACUUGGCGGAACACGCGUGCUGUUACGAACAAGGCUGUUUAGAUUCCAGCGGUUAACCAAACAAUAAGGCAAAUUUUGACAGCUCUCCGUUUAUUGUUGGAAAUUAAAAACAUUUCCUUGGGAUGCAUACUCCAAGAUGUCUUUCUGCUGCUACGACGGAAGCAAAAAGACUGGAUGCAAAACAUACACCUAAGAUUCCAGAGAGGAGAAGUGGAACUGGCCAGGGUCCAUAUUUGUUCGCGUCAGUAAAAGAUCUAAUGAGCAAAAAGAUCAAUAACAAGAUA